UGGGUCCGGAACUCUCGUGGGAAAAAAAAUUUCGCCGCCGGGCAUUAGCUAUCUCCCUAUAGGCGGUAUUCGCCAAUAGAUGGCGUCCACAGAUAGCUGCAUGUCUGGCAAGGCACGGCACAAGAACAUUUGUUUCAGUGAGAACGCUUUAUUUAUGCUAAAUCACAUCAAACUUCACACAAAAUUGUUGCCAGCUACAUGAUACGCAUUUUACAGUAAUCGUUAGGAUGAAAUUUUACGCGCUCUUAUACAUGUGCAAUGUCUACCAUGCGCAACACAGAGAACCUGCAACAGAGAUAAGGCGCAUGAAUCCCGCACAAAUCACGCAUGAAUCACGUAUACGUAUUCUACCAUAAUGGCAGAUAUAUAUAACGAUUGCGAGUAAGCCAUAUCGGCUUAUACCGCGUAGACACAUGGUAGAUGAAUUGAUUGCGUAGAAGCGUUCACCAGAAAUUAACACGUCUCGUCGCCAAGUAGGCUAAAUUACUUAAAAUUGCUGAAUGGUAAAUUGCUAAUUGAAAGUCAUGUUUGCGUAGGUGUGGCGACGAGUAAAAUUUCAUGCUGUUUAUUAAUACCUGAAAAUGCGCUUAUUCCGCUAUGCAACAGAUUCUAAUAAUAAAAUUACCGAUAUACUGUAAAUCGUGUAGCUUUGUUUAAUCACUUCCUCUAACGUUACGUUUUUAUAUUUUCUUCUCUUCCGAACAGAUUUGUUGUUAUCAGGUAUACGUGCCUCAAAAGUCGCCAUCGUAUUCUAGUUUCUCGCUAAAAAUCUUUCCUUCUCAACCCCGCUCGCAACGGCCACCCCAAUGUUCAAAAUCCUAGAUCCGCCACCGACACGAAGUGUCACAAUGUCCGAUGACACGAAUCGGUGUCGUUUAAGCCCGAGGGCACCUGUAGGUAGAAGUGUCGCACAAUCGCGCUGCCAUGCACACCUAUGUAUCUUUUCUUCCGCGUUCUAGAACACAGGUGCGCGCAUUUCCCAGGUCAUCGUCAUUGCAAGGGUGCCUGAACUGCAACUAAUAUCUAGAUCAUUUUAUUAUAUUUACAUUUCGUUAUUUAACAGGUUACGCGACAUCAACGGGAUAUUUGGCCUGCACCUUUGACUCUACUCGCGCAAACACCGUUUCGUAUUAAGGAAACUGUGAAAAGAGCUGGCGAUGCGUUUUCAAAGCAAAGCCGCCGCCGUCAUCGCGAUGUGCGUGCUUGUUUCUGUCGUCGACGGAGGCAAGAUACUCGUCAAGCCGUGGGGCGCCGGCACUCGUUCCAGUCACCUUUUCUUGAUGGAUAAAAUAGCGCGCAUUCUCGCGCUGGACGGGCACGACGUCAAGUUAUUGCUCGGCUCUGUGGAGAGAGAUGUGGCGCUGGGCGACGGCUUCCUGUCGACGCACAGCGACGAUCUGCUGACGUUCAACACGACGGGAUCCGUCACGGAGGAUGACGAGAAGCUUAUGCGUGACUAUCUGCUAAAGUUCGGCGAAUGGUUCUCGCUGUUCACUUUGGUCAACAGUUAUAGCGAGAAGCGCUUCUGCGACUUGAUAACUGCGGAGCCCGGUCUGCUCGGGAAAAUCAAAGAUGGCGGCUUCGAUUACGUCAUCAUCGAUCACGUGGACGCGUGCGGCCGGCUGUUGGCGAACUACGUUGGAAAGCCAUUCGCUAUUUUACAUUCCUUCCCAUCGAACACAAUAAUCUAUGGAGAGGGUGGCUCCCCGCUCGUGCUCUCCUACACUCCGACACACGGCGUGUAUCGUGCGACGUACUUCAGCGACAAGAUGACGUUUCUAGAACGUGUGCACAACGUGUUGCAUUACGUCAUUGAAAAGAUGUUUGUCCACGUCACACUUGAGAGAACGAUGAACGCAUUCGGCUGGUCGCAUGGACUGCUACAGGCGCACGAGAGAUACGAAAGCAUUAUAAGCAGGGCAGCGCUAGUGCUGUCCUCUAGCAACCCUGCGUUCGACCAUCCACGCCCCACGAUGCCCAACGUCCAGCAUAUCGGUGGUCAUCUCUGCCAGCCGGCAAAAGCGCUGCCUCAGAAACUGGAUCACUUACUAGCGAAGAGCGCCAAAAAAGUCAUAUACAUGUCAUUCGGUACUCUCAUCCACGGACCGGGCGGUAUUGACGAGAACCAGCGUUUUAAGACUGCGCUUCUAGGAGCUGUCUCUAAUCUACCGUACCUAUUCAUUAUCGCAAACUUCAACAUGACCGGACUUCCAACCAACGUUGUAACAUUAGAAUGGGCACCGCAGAAUGACCUACUAGCUCACAGCAAGAUAGAUGCAUUUUUCACACAUGGUGGGCUUAAUGGACUAUGGCAGGCGAUUUGCCACGCCACCCCUGUCGUCGUCAUGCCGAUCUUUGCCGACCAGUUUCGAAACGCGCACAUGGUUCAAGAGAGAGGAAUCGGCGAGAUGAUUGACUUCCAUACUAUAACAACAGAAAGCCUACAAUCCGCCCUUAGGCGUGUUGUCGAGAAUAACGCGUAUGCAGCCCGCAUGCGUCAGCUUUCGAAACUCUACCAUCACAGCCUGCCGAUGUCUUCUGAUGAGACCGUGUCAUUCUGGGUGAAUUACACGAUGCUCUAUACCGACCAGCAAGCUCCUGCCUUCACUGAACUGAACUUCUUACAAUAUUGGCUCAUCGAUAUAACUGCAUGUCUGCUUGUGGUUCUUGCGAUCUCUGCGUGGCUAACUUGCAUAGCUAUCGCGAGAACCGCCCUUAUUUGUUACCAUCUAUACAUGAAAGGACCCUGUUCUAUAUUUAAAGAUAUUUUAGGGAAAUACCAAGUGACAGUUAACAGAGGUAAAAUUGAAUAUCACAACCUGGCGACGCCUGAAGGGUAUAGCACGAUCGUUAAGCCACGUUAUUUACGAUCAUUCACACGUCAAGCUCAACUUCCUCAUUAUUCUAAGCUGGCACUUGUUUAUUAUUCGCACACACGCCGUCAGACAAAGCGCAAAGAGCUGGCGAUGCGUCUCCAAAGCAAAGCCGCCACCGUCAUCGCGAUGUGCGUGCUUGUUUUUGUCGUCGACGGAGGCAAGAUACUCAUCAAGCCGUGGGCUGGCACAACUCCGUCCAGUCACCAUAUCAUCAUGGACAAAAUAGCUAAAAUCCUCGCGCGCGAUGGACAUGACGUCACGUUCUUGCUCGGGUCUAAGGAGCGAGAGGUGGCGCGUAACGGCGGCUUCCUAUCGACGGACAGCUACGACCUGCUGACGUUCAACACGACUGGCCUACAUGAAGAGGAAAACAAGAAGGCGAUGCGAAACUAUUUAGUAGAAUAUGGCAAUAUGUUUGUACUGUUCAUGCUGAUAAAUGCAAAAACAGAGAGACGCGUUGGUGAGCGCAUAGUGGCCGAACCCGAUCUUCUCCACAAGAUCAAAGAUGGCGGAUUCGACUACGUCAUCAUUGAUCAGUCAGACGCGGUCGGUCACCUGCUGGCGAACUACGUUAACAAGCCAUUCGCUAUUGUUCAUAACUUACCAUCGAACACGAUAAUCUACGGAGAAGGUGGCUCCCCACUCGUGCUCUCCUACACUCCGACACACGGCGUGUAUCGUACGGCGCACUUCAGCGACAAGAUGACGUUUCUAGAACGUGUGCACAACGUGUUGCAUUACGUCAUUGAUAAAGUGCUUGUCCACGUCACACUUGAGAGAUCGAUGAACGCAUUCGGCUGGUCGCACGGUUUGCUGCAGUCGCACGAGAGAUACGAAGGAAUUACAGACAGGGCAGCGCUAGUGCUUUGCUCUAGCAACCCUGCGUUUGACCAUCCACGCCCUACGAUGCCCAACGUCCAGCAUAUUGGUGGUCAGCUCUGCCAGCCGGUAAAAGCGCUGCCUCAGAAACUGGAUGAUUUGCUAGCGAGGACUAAUAGAAAAGUGAUAUACAUGUCAUUCGGUACUCUCCUGCACGGACCGGGCGGUUUGAACGAGAACCAGCGUUUUAAGACUGCGCUUCUAGGUGCUGUCUCUAAUCUACCGUACCUAUUUAUUAUCGCUAACUUCAACAUGACCGGACUUCCAACCAACGUUGUCACAUUGGAAUGGGCACCGCAGAAUGAUCUACUAGGUCAUAGCAAGGUAGCUUCUUUUAUCACACACGGUGGAAUUAAUGGAUUAUGGCAGGCGAUUUGCCACGCCACCCCUGUCGUUGUCAUGCCGAUCUUUGCCGACCAGUUUCGAAACGCGCACAUGGCUCAAGAGAGAGGAAUCGGCGAGAUGAUUGACUUCCAUACUAUAACAACAGCAAGCCUACAAUCCGCCCUUAGGCGUGUUGUCGAGAAUAACGCAUAUGCAGCACGCGUGCGUCAGCUUUCGAAACUGUAUCAUCACAGCCUGCCGAUGUCUCCUGAUGAGACCGUGUCAUUCUGGGUGAAUUACACGAUGCUCUAUGCCGACCAGCAAGCCCCUGCCUACACUGAACUGAACUUCCUACAAUAUUGGCUCAUAGAUGUUAUUGCUUGUCUGCUCGUAAUUGCUGCAUUCUUUGCGUGGCUAACUUACGUAGUUCUCAUUGCAAGCAUAUCUAUAAGCACUCGUGACAUUCGUCGAUGCCGGAGACGUGAUAUCAGAAACAUUAUAAGCGCGUAGUUACAUUGCUGUGCAAUUAGGUAUAUACCUUUACAAAUCCUAUAUGGAGAUAUAAAAAGUAUAACGACAAUAAACAAAACAGCACUUUAAUUGCUUUUUCCUGGGCAGGAUGUGACGGGAAAGAAGUUAUUUCUACUAAUUUCACUAAUAUCUGAACUGAUUUUAAUGUUACAUACGUCGCGCAAAUGAGCAAAACCGGAAGCUCGUGGCUAACACAUUAUAUAGCAUAGAGAGGCGUUCGUAAAAGUGAUUAAUCUGUUUACUCUUACUAUAUUAUUUUAUCACUAGGUACAUUAAGGGCUAAAAUUCUUGACGGGAGUUGGGCAGCGGACCAAAAGCUAUUUCUAAAAACAUGAGUAUCUGAAUUUUUUUUUCGCAAAGUGUGAAGUCUGGAAGUAGCAUCGUGCGCGUUCUAAGAAGGAAAUAAAUGUUCUAACAAAACCGAUAUAUAUAUAUUACACAAAUAAAAUCACACAUGAAUCACGUAUUUUACUACAGGUGGCAUAUUAUGACGUUGAGAAUAGACUGAAUCGACUCAUACCGCGUAGACACCUAAUAGCUGGGUUGAUUGCAUGGACGCUAAUACCAUGCACCAAUAAACAUGUCUCGUCGCCAAGUAGGCUACAUUGUUUUUGAAAUGCAUGUUUGCGUAAGUGUAGGACGAGUGAUAUUUCAUGCUGUUCACACUUGAUAUUCUGCCUAUUCCACAAUGCAAAUAAUAUGCCUACUAACAAUAAAACUAUUCAUGUACUGUAAA